AGCCCUGCCCCUCCCGCCCUAACCUUCCCGGCUCCCCGCACACCCCGCUGCUCGCGUCCCGCGCCGCCUGUACUGCAGGAAGGAGCUGCGGGCUCCAGCCGCGCCGGCCCGAGCGCGCAGCCCGCAUCAUGCCCCGCAUAGAUGCGGACCUCAAGCUGGACUUCAAGGAUGUCCUGCUCCGACCCAAGCGAAGCAGCCUCAAGAGUCGAGCCGAGGUGGACCUUGAGCGAACCUUCACAUUUCGGAACUCGAAGCAGACCUACUCGGGGAUUCCCAUCAUUGUGGCCAACAUGGACACCGUGGGGACGUUUGAGAUGGCAGUGGUGAUGUCACAGCACUCCAUGUUUACAGCGAUUCACAAGCAUUAUACCCUGGAUGACUGGAAGCUCUUUGCAGCUAAUCACCCAGAAUGCCUGCAGCAUGUAGCUGUGAGUUCGGGCAGUGGGAAGAAUGAUCUGGAAAAGAUGAGCAACAUCCUGGAAGCUGUGCCGCAGGUCAAGUUUAUUUGCCUGGAUGUGGCCAAUGGGUACUCGGAGCAUUUUGUGGAGUUUGUGAAGCUGGUCCGGUCCAGAUUUCCAGAACACACCAUCAUGGCAGGGAACGUGGUGACGGGAGAGAUGGUAGAAGAGCUUAUUCUUUCUGGAGCAGAUAUCAUCAAAGUGGGAGUUGGACCAGGUUCCGUGUGUACCACCCGCACCAAGACAGGGGUGGGCUACCCCCAGCUGAGUGCUGUGAUCGAGUGCGCAGACUCGGCCCAUGGCCUGAAGGGGCACAUCAUCUCGGUGAGAUGCCCAGAACAGGCAGAACUUGUCAGAUAUAGCUGGAUGGACUUGGACAGAUCUAUGGCUUCAGCUUAUGACGGAGGCUGCACAUGUCCAGGAGAUGUCGCCAAAGCCUUUGGGGGACCGAGGAGCCGGCAUUUGUGUUGGGGACCCUGCAGGGAAGCCGUCGACGCUUUCUGCCAAGUCGAGAGGCCCUGUGUCUUGCUUGCCUGAUUGCCAGGCCCAGGGUCCAGCCCUGCAGAGUCGGCCUUCCGAGAUGCUGGACAGAAAGGCCUGGAACACCUGAUGCACACCUCGAAGUCCUCUUACAGAUAUUUAAGCGACCAGCUGGAAGCAGUCAAGGCCACUUUUUAGGGGAGUCUGUGCUUGCUGCUUCUGAUCCUUCAUCCUGGUUGUGUAACACUUCUGUACCCUGAUAUCCUCCAAUUCUGAAUGUAAACCCUCAGUAGGACUGGUCAGGAUGGCGAACGGUGACUAUUUCUAUUUCUUCCAUGUAUGCCUUCUACUUUCCUGACAACUAGUCACGCCACCUCUGCCGUGUGCUGUGAUAAAUACUGAGGACAGAGCAGUGAGCCAGCCCUGGUCCUACCGCUCCUGGUUUGGAUCCAACAUAACCUCCAAAGGCAGCUGCAACACCCCAGUCUCCUCUGUACCUGUCCUGGAAGUUUCAUGUCAUUCGGUGAUUUAUAUGGGGUGGUGUUUACUCUGGAAGUCAAAUGUUUAUCACAACAGAGGUGUGAGUCGAGUUUUACAGGGUAUAUCUAUAGAUAGAUGUGUGUAUAUGUGUUUGAUGUACACAGACAUACAUGUGUUUACACACAAAUGCACACACAUAUACAUAUAUGUACGUACGGAUUUCUCUCCUUCAUGCCCAAGCUCUUGGGGAGGAAGUUCUGUCUGUUCUGAGGUCCCUUUACGUCUAUACAGAGUGUGAGUGUGCUGAGACCUUCAUGUAGACCAGAUGCCCAAUGGGGACAUGGCAGAGGACUUAUUGCAUUAAGUAUGAGAUUGGAAAACACGCUGAGGUGCUGCUCACUUCUAAUGUUCCUCUGAUUUUAACAGAGUUAGACCUGUGGACGUUGGUCAUAGGAAGUCAACAAUAACCAUUAAGGAUUUCCCAGUGUACUAGUCACCAAGCUUCAGUAGGCUGUGUUGCUCAGAAUGUCUGGUGCCUGUCUGCCUUUAACUUUUUUUCCUGAGUGGGGAAGUUGGGCUUUUUCUCGCUAUAACCAGGAGGAGAGAGAGGGAAUUGGUAGUACUUGCAUCUUUCUGGAGCUGACUUUUCCCUGACCCUUUUCUCUG